AUGGCUACCUUGACGAUAUACUCGAAGUCUGAUAAAAUAUCUUACAAAUCUAGUUUUUUCUCCGUAACUUCAUUUUUAUCUUUUUUAAUAUUUGUCCUAACUUGGGUGCUGCCUUUUAUCAUUGUUUACCAUACGUCUGGUUUUUUGUUGUAUCUUACUGAGAAACAUGAUGAGAAGCCAUUGAUAACUUUUAAACAUCAAAUGAUAAUGGAAGCCACACUGAAAGAUGAUGGGAAGUAUGUUUACUGGAGCACAUAUGAAAAAUGUAAUGUUUUAUUCAGGAAUUAUCUUAGGAUUCCAACAGCAAAGACAAUGGAGUUAACUGCAAAUGAUGUAAUUGGUGAAUCAGAGAAUGGUUUACAACUGAAUAUCAACCUUCCAUUAGCCGAGGCUGAAACUGUUUUCGACUUCAAAAUUCUCUUAUUCAUUAAUUAUAGACUGCAAAAUGUGCCUUAUGAGAUGAUGGGUGUGUUGUACUUACAAGCUGAGCCACAGAUCAUGUCUUCUAACAUCAAAGUCAACAUCAAUGCGAACUUCAAUUUGAUUCAAUAUGAACCACUGCCAUCAACUGUCAAUUACCAUUAUAUAAAUGCAAUUAGAACAGAUUUGGAUAUAGUCAGCAUGACUGAAGAGAUUAGGCCAACCAACAAAGAUAUAAAUGAUGAUAAUAGGAUGUUGUCACCAUCAUUUCAUCUGAAUGCUCUCAUAAAUUACAAUCAACAACAGUUCAAGAUGAUAUUUGAAAGGAAGUUCGCUUCAAUAUUCAGAUGGGCCUACAUUCAGUUCAUUUAUUUAUUCCUUUUGUUUCACGUCGUUUCUUCUAGUUUAUGGAGAUCUGUAAGAACAGAAGGUAGCAAGUUGAACAUAACUUACAGAAAAGAGUAUGUAGUUAACUUCACCACAAACAGUGGAAGUUAUUUCACCUACAGUACGAGUCCUUCCUACAAUGACAAACAUCAGAGCAAUUUAAGGAUUCCUCUUAUAAAGAUUUUUGAGGAGGACAUAGAUGAAGAUGGUUUAACAGACAAUUUAAACUUUGAACUUACCAUACCAAUACUCAGUGGUGAACAUGUCAUGUCAGCUGAUCUCAUAAUCUUCAUCAACUACACAAUAAUGUUAAUGCCAAGCAAAGAACUUCCAGGUUUGGUGAGGGCAGUGUCGUGGAGGCUAAACAGCAACCACAACAACACAAUAAACAUCAACAAGCUUCAUGUAACCGGCAGAACGAAACUCAUUCAGAGGGAACCACUGACAACACAGAAAUAUUUUGAGCAGCCAACCAUUGAUUCUCAAAGGAACUCAAAUGAUUGGCUGAAUAUCAGCGGCCUCAGCAACCAAUCACUAUUCGAAGUACUCGUGAAAUACACCAAUCAAAACUCACAUGUAAGUUUGAUUGACGUGACACCAACGUGGAUGAGACACGACGGAGCGAGGUCCGAUUUCAAAAUGAGUCUUCUUAUUGGACACCCACAUCAACAUGAAGUCACGCUGCACUCGACGUUCUGGCACUCGUUGAAGUGGGCUUUCAUACAGUACUCAUCGAUAUUCAUCUUCUUAUACGUGAUCAGUAACGUCAUAAUGACGUAUUUAUUUGAAAACAGAUUGGUAGAUUCAAUUAUUAAAGAUCAAUGA